GAUGAGAUCUUUGUGCGCUUGAAUAUUUUGUUUCUUUUAAGCAGAUUUUCAAUUAAUAAUUUGCUAAUACGUGAAAAACUGUUCACGGAAAAAGGUUCUCAACCAAUCGAUAUGGAAAUAAAUAGGAUGGAUAAUUCACGCAAACCAAUGCUGGAGGGUCUGAAGGAGCUUUAUCAGCUGCUAGAUAAAAAGUCACUAUCUCAGGCACACUUUCUCUUCCUGGCCGUUUAUGUUGUCGCUCUACACACCGGAUUUAUACCACAGAAUUUUUUUGUGAACCAAUUAAAAAGUUUGUUUCCUUUGGAAUCUUGGUCAACAUUUCACAAGAAAAAUGUGGAGAUUUGUUGCAGUCAGCCGCCUACAUAUGAAUACGAUUCCCCGCAUGAGACUUACUUCAAUGAAAGAUUCAUCACAAAUGUUAAAGCUGAACAAGAUGAUGCUUUGAAGUCUGUGCUUACGGCCAUAGUGUCGGGCGAUUUUAUGAUGAUUACGCUAACACCACAUCAUUCCACAAAAUUACUAGGCCGCAGCAGCUGUCUAUCUAUUGGCCGUUACGUAAUAUCGCAUUCGGAGGGUCCCCGAACAGUGGAAGCAUGUUAUCAGAAGCUAGACCAAUUGAAAUUGCAAUUGCGUAAUGAAGUAUUCAUGCCAGUGCGCGGUGAUCAGCUGUCAUGUAUAGGCGCUUUUCCACAUCCAAGCUUAACUGGAAUUCCACGUGAGCUUCGAUUUCGGAUAUACGAGUAUUUACUUGCAGCGAGACGUGUAAAACUUUUAAAAAUAAAUAAAACCUUACGCGCGGAAAUUAAUGGUUGGUUGGGAAAUGAAUAGAUAGGUAUGCCGCAGGGUUUAUUUAACAUUAAAUAAAAAAAUAACUUUUUUUUAAGAAAAGAAUCAACAUAAAAGAAAUAAAGUCAGAAAUAACUACAGCAAAGUAAAAGACUUUCAA